AUGAGCUCCUUUUCCUUAACUAGCGAUGUCGUCAAUUACCUCAUAUACCGCUAUCUACAAGAGGCUGGUUUCACCCACUCUGCGUUCACCUUCGCCAGUGAAAGCCUGGUCACGCGCACGAAUAUUGACCCCAACAAUGUCCCGCCGGGCUCCCUCGUCACCUUUAUCCAGAAGGGCUUGCAGUACCUGGAGAUAGAAGCAAACCUGGAUGCGCAGGUGAGGGGGGAAGGGUGUCGGCACGUAACUGCAGCCCAGGCAGCGGCAGCGCAAGCCGCAACAGCCCAGGCGGCUACAGCACAGGCGGCUACAGCACAGGCAGCUGCAGGCCAGGCGGCGGCAGCAGCAGCGCCGGCCGCUGCCGCAGCGCAAGCCGCAGGUCCAUCAUCUCAACCUCAGCCAGCCCCACCCAGCGGAGAUGCCAGGGCCACAGCCCCUUCUACUGCGCCGGCAGCUGCUACAGCACAGCAGCAGCCGUCUGUGAAGCUGGAUGCGCCCGCUAGCAUAGAGGUUCCCGCCAGCGCAGUCAUCACCCUCAACGGCCAUGACUCGGAGGUGUACAUCUGCGCUUGGAGCCCCGUGGAGCCCUUGCUGGCAUCUGGGUCCGGCGACGCGACCGCACGGAUAUGGAAUCUCGCCACCACCGCCGGGACCGCACACACCCGGUCGGUGGUACUCAACCACGAGGCCAAGCAAGACAAGUCGCAGGGCAAGGACGUGACGACAUUGGAUUGGAACGCGGACGGCUCCCUGCUGGCGACAGGAUCGUACGACGGCCUGGCGCGGAUCUGGUCAAAGGACGGCAAGCUGAAACAGACGCUCGACAAGCACCAGGGGCCCAUCUUUGCGCUCAAAUGGAACAAGCGAGGCGACCUCUUGCUCAGCGGCAGUGUCGACAAGACGGCCAUCGUUUGGGACGCCAAGUCCGGGGAAGCCAAGCAGGUGUUCGACCUGCACUCAGCGCCCACCCUGGAUGUGGACUGGCGCAACAGCAACUCCUUCGCCACCUGCUCCACCGACCGCCUCAUCCACGUGUGCAAGCUGGGGGAGACCAAGGCGAUGCGCACGUACGCGGGGCACGAUGAUGAGGUCAACGCGAUCAAGUGGGACCCCAGUGGCCGCCUGCUAGCGUCAUGCUCGGACGACAAGACUGCCAAGGUCUGGUCCCUGAACAGCGACCGGCCGGUGCAGGACUUCCGCGACCACGAGCGCGAGAUCUACACCAUCCGCUGGAGCCCCACCGGCUCCGGCUCGGCCAACCCCAAUAUGCCGCUGCUGCUGGCGUCCGCGUCCUUCGACACCACGGUGCGGCUGUGGGACAUCGAGGCUGGCCGCUGCGUGCAGUGCCUUCACCGCCACGUAGAGCCCGUCUACAGCGUGGCCUUCUCGCCCAACGGCAAGUUGGUGGCCACCGGCUCCUUCGACAAGUGCGUUUACGUGUGGAGCGUGGAGGAGGGCGUGCUGGUGCGCUCCUUCCGCGGCGAUGCGGGCAUCUACGAGGUGUGCUGGAACAAGGAGGGCACGCGCGUGGCAGCGUGUUUCGCCAACCGCACCAUCUGCGUCAUGGACAUCAGCGUGUAG